AAGCAAGCUGCUGGGGACCCCCAGGCUCGGGUCCUGGGGGGGGUUGCAAGGUGGCCUGGGGAGGCAUGGAUGCUGUGCCAGCACCCUCUGCCUCCUCGCUCUCUGUCCUUCCCCAGGUGACAGCGAUCACCCCUUGUUUCGAGCUGCAGCAGCCCGGGGUGUGUGCAAGGUGAUGUGCUUCCACCCCUGGUCGGACCUGACGCUGCCCCUCAUGUCCCUGGCGGAGAUCCGGGCUGUCAUCGAUGCGUGGGCAGAGCUGGCGGCCGAGCUGGGUGCUUCCUACCCUUGGGUGCAGAUCUUCGAGAACAAGGGGGCAAUGAUGGGCUGCUCCAACCCGCAUCCCCACUGCCAGGUGUGGGCCAGCAGCUUCCUCCCCAACGAGGCGUGCCUAGAGGACCGGACGCAGCGGCAGCACCUGAGCCAGCACGGUGUGCCCAUGCUGGUGGAGUACGCUGAGCAGGAGGCUCGCCGGAAGGAGCGCCUGGUUGUGGAGAACGCGGACUGGAUAGUCGUGGUGCCCUACUGGGCCACCUGGCCCUACCAGACCCUGCUGCUACCCCGCCGCCACAUCUGCCGCCUCCAGGACCUCCGUGACAGCGAGAGGGACAGCCUGGCCUCCAUCAUGCAGAGACUGCUCAUCAAGUACGACAACCUCUUUGAAAUCUCCUUCCCCUACUCCAUGGGCUGGCAUGGAGCCCCCACGGGCCCCUACCUGGAGAAGGACUGUGGACACUGGCAGCUCCAUGCCCACUACUACCCCCCGCUGCUCCGCUCCGCCACCGUCCGCAAGUUCAUGGUGGGCUACGAGAUGCUGGCGCAGGCCCAGCGGGACCUCACCCCGGAGCAGGCAGCUGAGCGCCUGAGGAGCCUCCCAGAGGUGCACUACAAGCAGAGGUCCAAGGAGAUGUGAUGGGGAGCGGUGGAGCUGGCUCUCUUGACUGUGCUGGGUGGUGCGGUGCCUUCUGUCUCCUUCCCCUUCCCAGACUGUGUCAUCCACCUCCGCAGCGUGCUCCUACCACCACUAAAGGGCUUACCAUUCUCACCAGUCCCGUCUUACUGGUGGGACUGGGAGUGCUGCCUGGACCGUGGAGGGGCACAGCCUCCCUGAGAAAUAAAAUCUGGAAGCAAAGUGCCUGUGCCCUCGUGGCUCUCGGCCCUGGAUGGGAGGUUUGGGGUCUCUGCUGAGGACCCCCAGCUGGUGUGGGGGGAUAACCCCGGGGUGUGCUGGCAGCCCCGUGCUGCUUGCUGCUGUCCCUGCCUCUGCGUUGCCUCCUCUUCCUCCCUGGGGGGAGCUCUGAGCCCGUCUCUGAGCACUGCAGGCUCAGGGAGGAAUGGGAAGCAGGGAGGAGUUGAUGCUGCCUGAGCCUUAGCCGGCUCCUGGGAGAGGGCUGAGGCCUGGCAAACUCACUGCGUGGAGGCUGGGGAUGCCUGACCAUGGCUCACACCACUGCUCUUCUUCCUCCUCCCUGCCUGAGGCUGGUGGGCUGCAGCCCUCAUCCUGCCUGCUGUGGGUAGGGGGGCUGCCAGGAUGCAAGAAGGGGCUGGCUCAUCACUAGCCCAGGGGCUUCCAGGGGGUCCAGCUCUGCUCAUGGUGCUGCUGACUCCUUUCCCCUUCCCUGUGCCCACCCGUGGGGUGGGACAGCAACAGACCAGUCCGCUGUGCUGAGCUGAGGGAUGCUGGAACCAGCUCUGUCCUCUCCCUCACUGCAUCCCCUUCCCCUACGGAAGCCUUGGGGCCGUGCAGGGGUAGAUCUUGGACAGUGAUGCCCCACAGCUGACGUGGGGGGAUGCCCAGAGCCAUCUGCCAUCACUGUCGUUGCACAAAGAGUUUUUAUUUGUCACUGAAGAGUCAUUCUCAUAACUCCUUAAUGAGGCCCCUGUCCUUGUCAAGUCUGUGAGUGGGCUCCUGGGGGCUAGAAAAACCUUGCCAGGAGACAAAUGCUCUCCUCCUACCUACAUGACAGCAGUUUGUGGGGAGGGCUGUGCCCCCCCUGCCCCAUCUGUGGAUUGCUCCCCCAUCCCUACCCAUUGGGGCAGGGAGAAGUGCUCAGCCAGCGUGAGGCUCAGAACCAGGCUGGAUAGAGCUCUUCUGCAUGCUGGCCCUCCCUAAUCAACUCAUGCCAGAGUCCACAAGCCAUCCCACCACCCAACUUCAGGUUCCCACGUGUUCUGGGGAGGAGGCAGUGGGUUUUGGAGUGACCCUUGAGUUUGGAGCCAUCAUUGUACACAGCAUCCCCCCUACAUGGCAUGGUGGGGGGUGGCCAGCUCAGAGUCUGGCCCCUUCCAAGCUGAUUUCUUCCUUCGUGGGACAAUCAGUGUCCACCUGGGCUCUGUGGCCAUCCCCAUCACAGCCCCCAUCCCUCCUCAUGGCAACAAGUGCCUUCACACCAACCUCCGGACUUCCCCCGCUCUUCCCCAAGGGCCCUGGCAAAGCGGCAACAAAUUGGCUUAAAUGCGGGAAUCCAGAUUGGGGUAAUUAGCCGCUGAACCGGUUGUAACGAAGCUAGUCAUCUCCCUGCACGCGCAGUUAGCUCUGAUUUAAUAGCCCACCGGCUCCCAGCCUGGGCUGUAGCACCUCGGCCCGGGGCCGUAAAUGAAACUCGCAGUAAAGUCAAGCGGUAUUAAACUUUACAGUCGCCGUUCUUUAAAAAUGAGGCUCUCUCCCUCAUAAAUCAGAGCAAGUGGGAUUGUAAAUAUCGAGGCAGGAUCCAUAUUGCUUAAUUAAACAGCGCCUAAUGAACA